CGGACACAACCACUUCUUCAAGCUUUUCCACAUCAUCCUUGGAUCCGACCACUUCUCCAACUGAGGACACCAGCUCCUCUACUUACUCAAGCUCUUCAACUUACACCAGCUCCUCUUCAGAGCCCACCAUUUCUUUGACUUUUCCAAGCUCCUCUGUGGAUUCAACCACGUCCACUUCUCCAACUGAUUCCUCUGUGGAUUCAGCUACUUCACCUAGCUCCAGCACCAGUGAGGAAACAAACACGUCUUCAAUCUACUCCACCUUUUCAAAUACGGACACAACCACUUCUUCAAGCUUUUCCACAUCAUCCUUGGAUUCGACCACUUCUCCAACUGAGGACUCCAGCUUCUCUACUUACUCAAGUUCUUCCAUAGAAAGCUCUUCAACUUACACAAGCUCUUCUUCAGGCUACUCCUCGUCCAGUUUCUCUUUGAAGCCCACCAUUUCUUCGACUUUCCCAAGCUCCUCAAUGGAUUCAACCAAGUCCUCCUUCCAAUCGACCACUUUUCCAAAUGAUUCCUCUGUGGAUUCAACUACUUCACCUAGCUCCAGCACCAGUGAGGAAAGAAGCACAUCUUCAAUCUACUCCAGCUCUUCCACAGACUCUCCAACUUUCACCAUUACCUCUUCAAGUACUGACAAAACCACUUCAAGCUUUUCCACAUCAUCCUUGGAUUCGACCACUUCUCCAACUUACCUCACUUCAACUACUUCAAUUAGCUCCAGCACCAGUGAGGAAACAACCACGUCGUCAGUAUAUUCCAACUCUUCCCCAGACUCCACCACUGAAGACUCUAGCUCCUCUACUUACUCAAACUCUUCCAUAGAAGCCUCUUCAACUUACACCAGCUCUUCUUCAAACUUCUCCUCACCCAUCUCCUCAUUGGUAUCCACCAUUUUGUCUACUUUCCCAAGCUCCUCUAUGGUUUCAACCGCAUCCUCCUUCCAAUCGACUACUCCAUUUGAUUCCUCUGUGGAUUCAACUACUUUACCUAGCUCCACCACCAGUGAGGAAUUGACCACUUCCACAGACUCAAAAACUUCUCGAAGUAGCUCCUCUUCGUCUUCUGCGUACUCAUCCUCAUCUAGAUCUUCCAUGGAGCCCUCCAUAUCCUCAACAAUUACAAGCUCCUCUUUAGACUCAAGUGCUCUGCCUACUCUCACUGUUUACCCAACGGACUCUUCCACUUCAUUGAGCUUUUCCACAACACCCUUGGAAUCGACCACUUAUCCAACUUAUAUCAGUUCAAGUACUCCUUUUUCAACCACUUCUGCAAUAUACUCCAGUUCUUCUACAGACUCAUCCGGUGGCAUGGAAGAUGAUGACAUAUACAUAGUCGUGGUGUUGAUAGUUGUUGGAUUAAUAUUGGCAGCCAUCUUAGCUACCUGUUGCUUCUUCUUCUUCUUCGUUUUAAAGCGUAGAGAGUCUCCUGUUCAGGAUCUCGAAGAACAGAUAACCGGAGAUGACGAAUAUGUUUCUGAUACAUAUUCCGAGGAAAGUGACUCGCUGUAUGAAAUAUCUAUACCAAGAGCGAAGCUCAUUCCUUUCACACGCCAACUGACUCCAUGGGGCGUCCAGAAUCCUGUGACCGUUCGCGACGACGAGACCGAAGACCUAGAAUUACCUGAGGACCGUGGACGCAAUCCUUACGCCGUUGGCCAGACGGUUCUCCAUGAGUUUAGUUUGGAGAGAUUCCUGAGGGAUAUUCAGGAUGCCCGACCUCCUACUCUGUCGGGAUCCUUCAGACUUCCGAGACUGUGAAGAUAGCCAGAAGCGUCUUUUGAUAGUGCGCCGAUGGCCCUUUCCAAUAUGUUCUGUGUGUAUUCAUGCGUUAUACGUUUUCCAUUAUAUUCUGUCUAUAUUAGCGCAAAUAUAACGAAGGGAAGAACAAGAAAGCACACAUAUAUGACGUUUUUUUCCUUGUUUUAUCUACAGUUUGUUGAUUCAUUAUGUAUGUAUGUAUGUAUGAGUGUAUCAAAACGAAAUGGCUGGUAAAUUUCCUAUCGGUAGAAAUAUAGUUAAUGAUAAAUGAUUUUCAUUCAUGUAGAUAUACUUAAGUGAUAAAGUCAUUAUAUGCACAUACUGUAAGCUUAUGGAAUAAGAUAGACUACUCUCGCGAUUACUUGUUAAAUAUUUUCACUUCUGCAAACUGUACGAGGAUCGCAAUCCACAGAGAAAUGAGGCUUGGUAUGAGCAGACAGGAAGACACACACCUAAUUGAACACGUGAUGGAGGACUGCAAUCAUGCUGAAGAUUUUUGUAUCAUUUAUGAACAUGAACCUACUGGUUGUGUUGAGAACAGGAUAUGACAUUCAAGAGAUAUUAUGGUUGGCGAAGAGGAAACCACUGUUGAUUCAGACAAGCACUUCGAUCACAGAGGAUACCACACGCGGCUCCAUAUCAGUCUAACCAGUUCUCAGUACGUGUUCUUCAUAUACGUCUUUGACAAACAAAAAAAAAAAAAAAAAAAAAAAAAAAAAAAAAACUGCUAUUCGGUCUCUACACAUGAAAGAUACUAGCACAACUAGUGCAUGGCCUCAAUUUCUGUAUGGCUAUACCUGCUUCAUCGCAUCUCUCUCUCUCCAUCUUCUCUAUACCGAAAUGUCUCCUCUCUUGGACUCUGCGAUCCUGUUUUGCAGUUGGAAUGGCAAAAUCUCACUUAUUUUCUUGAUGUUACCACCUGCCCUUAAAGACGAGUAAUUAUGCAACAGUUUUCAUGUGUUUGUCAUAUCUAUUGCAGAGCUUGAGUACGAAUAUAUAUAUAUAUAUAUAUAUAUAUAUAUAUAUAUAUAUAUGUGUGUGUGUGUGUAUGUGUGUGUGUGUGUCUGUGUGUGUGUGUGAUUUUCUUAUAUUGUAUUUAUACUGAUCAUCUACAUAUUUGAUAUCGCUGUAAAUGUUAUUGACAUUUGCAGGAGCAUCUUAUUGCUAUCAUUGCAACAAUUACUGACAGCAUCAUUGUACUCCUCAUUAGGAUUACUGUUAAUGCUUGUGUUUAUAACUUGAUCAUCAAACCUGUGUUACUAUGACUAUAAAGACAUGAUGGAAAUAACAAUUCCCUAUACUUUAAGUAUUAUCUGUGUUCCAUUUAUCUAAAUAAAACAUUUGACCUGU